AAUCAGUGUACCGCCGGCCGCGUAGUCGAUCGGUCGGUCUGUACUGUUUUCCUCGGGAGAGUUUCGUUUCGACAUCACCGUUGAUCUCUUUCUCUCUCUUCAAUUUUCGAUAGAAUCCGUUUCGUAAACGAUUGAAAAUUUUUGUCACGGAGCGUUUCUUUAUAAACGUAACACGAUUGUUUUCUCAUCCGUUUGAAGAUUCGAAUUUCGUAAGAAUAAGGAACAUAUACGUUCGUUUAUUCUCUUUUAACGGCGUUUUUUAUUACGUGAGCCUGAAUAAACUUUACGCUGGUGAAACUACUAUCGUUCGCAUCUUUUCUUAUAUAAAAUCAGAGAGAAAGAGAGAUGGAGGAAGGUGAUCUGUGAAUGAAUUAUUGAAGGAAGGGAAACGAUGUCGAAGGGGCAAGAAGGUCGAUUCUUCUUCGAUAAUUAAUAUCUUAGAAGACAAUACCCUUAUUGCGAGAGAAGUGUAGUAUAUAUUACAAGAGAGAGAGAGAGAGAGAGAGAGAGAGAGAGAGAGAGAGAGGAGGUGGGGGGAUGAGAGAGUGAGAGGGGCCAAGAGAGGAAUUCCAUCUAUCUUCGCGCAGAGGUCAUCACGGAGGUCAACCGGAAGAAGAGAUCGAUAGGAGCGAAUAAUUUUAAGAUUCUCCUUCGAGGAGGAGCAUUAUAAAACACUGUUGAAUUACAAAGAAGAAUAGUAGGAAGAAGAAAAGGAACAAAACAAAACAAAAUUCAAAUGACAAUACGAGAAUAUCAAUAGAGAUAAACACGCGAACUCGUGAUAUCUCUCCUGAAGAAAACAAAAAGAUCAAACGCAGGCGCCAUUUUUCUUUUUUGUCGUUAAAUGGCGACUAAUCGCAACUCCAUUGUCGUGAGAACUAACCUAUAAAAAAAAACAGAAAAUCAAACAAAACGAAUAAGAGAGGGUGAGAAAGGGGAUAAUAUAGAAGAAUCUCUCGUUAGAAAAACAACAAUUAAAAAAUAAAAACAACAGAAGAGGAAGAGGAAGAGGAAAGCGAAGGUCAUGGCGACACCACCGGACUCGCCGGGACCGGAAGAGGCUCUUUUCGAGUUCGAGAGCACGCGGGCGAGACAACAAACUGCCAGACCUGUAGCCCUCGAGGAACUACUCAGACAGACCAAGUUCUCGAGGCAAGAGAUUCGUGUUAUGUAUCGAGGAUUCAAGCAGGAAUGCCCGGAAGGCGUGGUUCACGAGGACUCCUUCAAGGACAUAUACGCAAAAUUCUUCCCGCAUGGCAACUCCAGCCUCUACGCUCACUACGUAUUCAAGGCUUUCGACGUUAACUGUAACGGGGCCAUCAGCUUUAGGGAUCUUUUGGUAACCCUAUCGACCCUUUUGCGAGGUAGUAUUUACGAAAAACUAAGAUGGACUUUCAAAUUGUACGACAUAAACGGCGAUGGUUGCAUCACGAGAGGUGAAUUAGGUGAAAUGGUUACGGCUGUUCACGAGCUCAUGGGUAGAAGACAUCACGCCGAGGAAGAAAGAAAAGCUAGGGAACAGUUGGACAGAGUCUUCAAAAAGUUGGAUCUUAAUCAAGACGGUGUUAUCACUAUCGAGGAAUUUAUUGAGAGUUGUCUCAAGGACGACGUGAUCACAAGAUCAUUAGCUAUAUUCGACAGUGCGCUUUGAUCUCCGGCAGAAGAGGAGAAGUCGGAGGAUGAGGUUGUCUCUGGAACAAAUGCGAUAACACAAAUGGUACCGACGCCACCAACGCCGCCUACACCACCUUCAACAACGUUUUCGCAAUCUUUGUCACCGUCACCACCACCACCGUCCUAUUCCUUAUUACCACCGAUACCUCCGCCUUUACCCUCGCAACCACCACCUGGAUAUACUGUACAGGAUCAAGAGCUUUAUUUACUCUUGGCAGCUCAUUGGUGGAAUCAACCGGAAGCUCCUCUUUUUUGUUAAAGACGAUUUAACGCUAGAACUACAACUGCCUCCAAUGCAAUGAAGAAAUAUAAUAUACGUUCGACCGAAACGUUUAUUAAAAAGGAUGAAGGGUGGGAGAGGGAUAAGGGUAGGGAGUAUAGGGUGGUAGGGAAGAAAAAAGAAAAGAAAAGAAACAAAAAAGGAGGUUAGAGACUAAGUUUUCAAAAUCGUGAACUCCUGAUAAAGAGUAAUACGAACGAGAAGCAAGAAGACAAGUACGAAGACGAACAUUCGAAAUUUGGUCGAAUUCAAAAUCAUUGCUCUCUUCAAAAAGAAGAAAAUAAUAUUAUAGGAUAUAUUAUAGAAAAACGUAUGAGAUAGGUAAAAUAGAUAGAUUCGUACGAAUCGUUCUGUAAGUAUUAAAUACGUUUCAUUCGAAACACCUGAUAGAUAUCAACGUAACGAAGAGAAAAAGAAAGAGAGAGAGAGAGAGAGAGAGAGAAAGAGAGACAUUGUUGAAUAAUUUAUAAAAAAAAUUCCUAUGAGAGAGACGUAAUAAUAAUAAUAAUAAUAAUAAUAAUAAUAAUAAUAAUAAUAAAUAAAAAAAAAGAAAGAAGGUACCUUACGUGGUCGUUCAAGUACCGUCGAUUUGUGCCAAAUCGCCGUCAAGCAAAAUCCAUGUUCCAAUCUCAUGAAUCUCGCAUAAUAAAAGUCUCUUAAGUAUUAUAUUAUGAAUAUACAAAUAAAAAAGAAGGAUAGAAAAGAGAGACAGAAACUUUUGAAGAUUCACGAUUAUACGUAAACGUCAAAAACGUUUGGUACCAUGAGAAUAUUGCAAGAAAUAUUCCUUUAUUGGAAUAAAAUAUUGAAAGGUAACAAUCUCGAAUGGUGUUAAUUAUGUUACACCUAAUGGAAAAUUAGAUCAUUAGAAUUAUAUCAAAAAUCUUCCAGAUAUCGAUUUUAGAAAAAAAGAAAUAUAUAACUAUAAUAAUAAUGAUAUGAUAAUGAUAAUGAUAAUUGGUAGAAAUCAUGGUAAUUCUUUUUAAGAUCGUUAAAUAAUAAAAAUGAGAGAGACUCAUGAGAGAAACUAAUAAAUGUUUUUUGGAACGUAACAUUAAAGCAAUAGCACAAAGCAAAUUUCUUUUCCUUGUUUCAUUUAUUAUUUGUUUUUUCUUUUUUAUUUUUUUAUUUUUUUUUUUUUUAUUUUUCUUUCUUGGUAUGAUAAAAGGAACGCCGAUAGUCUUUCAAUUCUUCGUGAAAAUGAUAAAAUGAAUAGUUAAAUGAAUGAAUGGAUUAAUUAGUUAAUUUAUUUAUUUAUUAAUCAAAUAAAUCGUACGUUGUAAUGUCAAAGAGAAACUCGUUAGUUUAGAGAAAUGUUUUUCUUUUUACAGUUCCAAGAAUUUUUAUUCUCUUUUUCUUCUUUUCUUUUAUUUUUUCUUUUCUUUUUUUAAAUAGAUGUGAUUGUAGAUAGAAUUCAAUUUCAAGAUUAUAAAAUUUAUCGGAAUAGUUAUCUAUGUGAUUGUAUUAACGACUGCACAUAUCUUUAUCCUAAACUAAACCAAACAAAUAAACAAAAAAAAAGGAAAAAAAAAAGAAAAAAAAAAAAGAAAGAGAGCGAAAGAAAGAACGACAAGAUAAAGCUUGAUACAAAUUCCUAUGGAUGUUACUUUUAUUUUAUUUUCAGGAGAAAAUCGAAAACGAAGAAAAUUAAAUGUACCUAUUAUUUAGUCAAAUCGAAAAUGAAUAUUUUCAAGCUUCCUAAUAAUGAUAAAUUGAUGAAAAGAAACAAAAAAAAGAAAGAAAAAAUAAGAAGAAAGGAAAGAUAGAAAGAAAUAAAACGAAAUGAAAUAAAAUAAAAUCGCCCAUAUAAAGAGAAAGAGAGAGAGAGAGAGAGAGAGAGGAAAAGAGGAAGAGCGACAAAUAAUAAAAUUGUCAAAUUGAUAGAAGAGCAUUGAUUAUCAAAAAAUCGAUGUUGACUAAACACCAAGCUAUUGUAAUUAGCAUGUAAUACAUAAACGGAAAGAAACAAUAACGUGUUAAAGUUUAUCAUAGAAUUUAAAAAAAAAAAAAGAAAAGAAAGAAAGAAAAUGAAGAAGGAGAAGAAGAGAAAAAGAAAAAAAAAAUAGUAAUCGUUUAAUAAUAAUCAUAAUAAUCAUAACCAUCAAGUCAUAUGUGUAUAUUAGAUUUUUCUGCAAGUCUCACGAACACGUUUGGCAUACGAUUUGUAAUAUUGUGUGCAUGAAUGAUGCUGGUAGAUAUAAUAUAAAUAUAAAAUAUUUGCGAAUUAGUCGAAGGGAACUUUUUGAAUAUAUUAUCGUUACGAUCAUUUACAAAGGAUUACUCUCAAACGUGUGACAAAAAUGAAAAGAGAAGAAAAGAAAAUUUUUCAAAUACCAAACAAAUUCGAACGAAUGUUAAAUUGGUGUAUAAAAAAUUGCACUAUUUUUAACGUGUCAUCACCGAUCGAAUAUUAAUACAUACACGUACGCAUACAUACAUACAUACAUACAUACACACAUACACAUACAUUACGGAUUCUGAUCUAAAGAUUUGUAUCGCUAUUACUGCCACUGAUCAUUCUUUUAUAGAAUGCAUUUGUGAAAUAAUAUCUAAAUCCGUCUGAAAUAAAUUUAUUUUUUAUUAAGUUUUUUCAAUGACGAUAUAUAUAUAUAUAUACACAUAUGUAUAUAUAUUUUUGCUUUUAUUAUUGUUAUUUCAUAUUUCAUGCUUCGAGUGAAAAGCUUUAGCGACGAAUUAUUAUUUCACAAAUGUAUCUACUUCUCACGCGUCUCUUUCAAAGAAUCGUUCAUUCGCAAAGACUGUCAAAUAAAAUAUUGCUACUGUUGAAAGACGAGAAUUAUUAAUCGUAUAAAAGAAAUGUGUUUACACAAAAAGGAGCCGAUCAAAUUCUAAUUAAAUGUCCGAGAAAAAUUUUUAUAUAUAUAUAUAUAUACAUACACAUACACGCAUAUAUAUAUAUAUAUUAUAUUUCAUUUAUUUAUAUAUGUUAUAAAAAAAGAAAAAGAAGAAAAAAAGAAAGAAGAAAGGAAAAAAAAAUGAUUGAAAGAACGAUUAAAAACUUCUUAUGGCUUACUACUUACUUGAUUUCGAACGGGACUUAUUUGUUUCUCUGUGAGCGUCCGAUUGAAAAAGUAAACUAAUUACGUAUAUACGACAGGACAGUUGUCAUAUCACAACGAUGCCUUUCACCACAAAUCUUUCAGAUUUUAUACAUACAUACGUAUUUAUAUACUCAUAAUUUUCAUUCUUUUUUUUCUUUUUUUUCUUUUCUUUUUUUUUUCUUUUCUUUCGGCAAAGAUAGGCACCGUACUUACGAAAAAAUAAAUCAAUAAAUAAAUAAAUAAAUAAAUAAUAAGAAAAAAGAUAGGGAUAAAAAAGGGUGAGUAAGAAAGAAUAAACAGAAAGCACGUUAUAAAUCAAAUGCAAAAAAAUCCUUCUUUUACUUCGAUCAAUCUCUUAAGCGUUUUUUGCCUUUAGUGUCUUAACGGGGAUCAAGAAAACGUACGAUUGCUAAACUACAUAUAUACAUACAUAAUACGUGCGUUUCUAUGACAACGAGAAAAAGAAAUACAGCAGCAUCGAAAGUAGCAGAUUUAUGCGCGCGUAUCGAGCUUACAUUCACGUGGAUACAUACAUGCAUACAUAUGUAUAUUCAAAAACAUUGACACUAAAAUAAUCUCGCCAAGACGUAUGUGUGUAUGUCUCUCAAGGAAAUAUAUGAUAACUUUAAUAAUUCCAUCUCUGAUAAGAAAAGAAAAAAAGAAAAUUAAAAUAUUAAUGAAAAAAAAAAAAAUAAAUAAAAAAAUAAGAACAAGCGAACGAACUAUAAAACGACAAAUAAAGAAUUAAUAUGAUGCUGAAAUACCAAAAAAAAAAAAAAAAAGAAAGAAAA